CCAACAUGGCAGAGGCUGUGGUCAGUCUUCCCCUCACUAACUUGGAAUGGUUUCAAAUCGCGAGCAGCCGCGCUUAACCUCCGCGAGCCAUUCAUCUGCGCACUCACCGGAUCGAUGGUACUAUAAACCCUGACGCUGCUCUGGCACCUACACAGGCUUGAAGACAUGAUCACUAGCACCAGUAUUUAUGGUCUAAAGAUGCAGUGGACCCCGGAGCACACACAAUGGGCAGAACAACACUUUGACAUCUCAUCCACCACCCGCUCGCCGGCACACAAAGUAGAGGCCUACCGGGGGCACUUACAACGAACGUACCAGUAUGCGUGGGCAAACGAUGACAUCUCUGCACUGACUGCCUCCAAUCUGCUCAAGAAAUAUGCAGAGAAGUACUCUGGGAUCCUAGAGGGCCCAAAUGAGAGAGCCCUGCUGUGUUCCUACUCUGAUAGCACCACUGGACUCAUGAAUGGACGAAAGUCAGAGAAUGAGUCCUGGCAGGAGGGGAUUUACCCAAUGAACUGUGCUCCAGAUGUUAUAUCUGUGAGCAAAGCUGGAAUGACAGCUGCCCUACCCCCUACAGAUGUGUCGGCUAGCAUAGGCAGCUCCCCGGGGGUGGCCAGCAGCUUGUCUGAGCCCAGCUAUUCCAGCAGUAACUGUGGGAGCCACACAGCCACUACUCUCCACUCGGGCCUCCCCUCUCAGGAAUAUACUGCCAGCUACAACGGCUCCUACCUGCAUUCUAGCUACAGUGGCCAGAGUACCCCAGCCCUCCCCUCCCCACACCCCUCUCCUUUGCACAGUGCCGGGCUCUUACAACCACCACCCCCGCCUCCUCCCCCUACCUUAGUGCCGAGCUACAACGCCGGGUCUCCAAACCUUCCUAACUACAAUUAUCCUCCAACAGGGUAUCCUUCUCAGACUGCUGUUGGCCCCGGUUAUAGCCCUGGGGGAGCACCCCCUCCUUCUGCUUAUCUGCCAUCCGGUAUUGCAGCUCCUACACCAAUCCCUCCUUCGACCCUGCCCGGCUACACCUACCAGUCCCAUAAUCAUACACCAAUUGCACCAACACCUUUGAAUGGCAGCACAUCCAACUCAUUAAAACGAAAAGCUUUCUACAUGAGCGGACAUGGAGAUAUGGACUCUAGCUAUGGUAAUUUUAACUACAACCAACAGCGCUCCUCACAGAGCCCUAUGUACAGAAUAACAGACAGCGGCUCAGACUCAAACAGGGGCAAUGGCUUUGACAGAAACGCAGAGUCUCUAGCAUUUAAGCCAACCAAACAGCCAAUGUCUUCUGAUCAACAGAGAAAAUUUAUUGUGCACUCUGGCAGAGCACUAACUCCUCCAUCCUAUGGAUCAACCAAAAGCUCUGUGGGUGAUCUCAGAACUGGCGAGCCCUACAGCAAGUUUGGAUCCCCCAUCAUGAGCGAGCAAACUGAAGAGCACAGACAGCACCUCUCUCACUCCCUAACAGGGCCUGACAUCGGUACGGCUACCUCGUCCAUCCAUGCUGCAGAGGAACAACUGAAAAACAGUGACUCCAACCUGGUUGAGAUGGUAACCACAGAAAUCCUUCAGCAGGGCCCUCCAGUGGACUGGAGUGACAUCGCAGGUCUGGAUAUGGCCAAAGCAGCCAUCAAAGAGGAGAUACUUUGGCCCAUUUUGAGGCCAGAUAUGUUUAGUGGACUUGCCACAUUACCUCGGAGCCUCCUUUUAUUUGGACCUCAGGGAACUGGUAGAACACUGCUGGCCCACUGUAUGGCCAGCCAACUGGGGGCUGCCUUCUUGAGACUCAGCAGCUCAGCUCUGGUGACCAAGUGGCUGGGGGAGGGGGACAAGAUCAUCCAAGCUUCUUUUCUGGUGGCACGGUGUCGCCAGCCAGCGGUAGUGUUUAUCAGAGAGGUGGACCUGCUGCUGUCAGCCCAGCUCAGCGAGGAGAGCCCAGUGAAUCGCCUCAAGGCUGAGCUCCUCAUGCAGCUUGACAGCAUUCUGACCUCCGCUGAGGACCACGUCCUCGUGGUCUGCUCCACCAAUAAGCCUGAAGAGAUCCCAGAGUCCCUACGGAGGUACUUUGCCAAGCGACUGCUCAUCCCCUUGCCUGAUGGGACAGCACGACACCAGAUAAUCAGCCAACUGCUCUCACAGCACAACUACUGUCUCAGUGACAAAGAGAUGUCACUACUGGUUCAGAGGACAGAGGGCUUUUCUGGACAGGACGUGGCUCAGCUGUGUCAAGAGGCUGUGGUAGGUCCUCUCCAUGGCAUUCCUGGUACUGACCUGUCAUCUAUCCAUCCCACUCAGAUGAGACCGGUCUCCUACCAAGACUUUGACAAUGUGUUUUGCAAAUUCCAGCCCAGCAUAUCACAAAAAGAACUUGACAUGUACACUGAGUGGAAUAAAAUGUUUGGCUGUAGUCAAUGAAAGAGACUCAUCAAACACAAUUUCUUUAAGUCCAGUAAUUGAAUACAAAUAAAUGUUUGGCCUUCAGUGAACAGGAAAAAUAACAAACAGUGGUGACAUGAACAUACAGCAAAGGGAUUGUCCUUGAAGGCUUUAGAUAGAAGAUGACAGUCUGGAUGUCACACAUUGGUAAAGUUAAUUAAAUGCUUUAUACGGCUGACUAAAACUCAAACGACUUGGAAGAAGAUGCCCCCCGUUUUUGUAUAUACAUAUAUAUAUAAAUAUAUAUACAUACUAUUCUGCUGAUCUUGAGAUUUAGUUGCUAUCAAGUGCCUGAGGUGGUGCUGUUUAAGUUUUUUUUUUCUUUUUGCCUCACAAUCUUCAUUGGUGACAUGUGCUAAUAUAAAAAAAAAGCUUUAAAAUGAGACAAAAAACUUGCUUUCUCUUUUCCAUUAGUGUUCUACAGCUGUGUCUGUUUCGUGCUCUCUGUGAACAGUUGUGGUUAAUUUGAGCAAAAUUAAAUUUACUGGCAUCAUUUCAGUUGGGCGUCAUUACCUUACACAGGUUUUAUGUAUGUGUAAAUCCUUUAAUUCCAAUAACACUGACAUACUUUUUCUGUUGUUGUUGUUGGAACGAUGCGUUUUUCUAGCAAACUUACGGUGAAUUUGGUUGCUGUACUAGCCUCUCCACUAUAGAUGAAAUUACAAAAACAGAUAUUAUUUUACAAUGUGACUUCAAUCUAAAGAAUAAAUUACUAUGUAAUUGCUGUUAAAAAUAUCGUUUCAGUAGUAAUUCACAGUGUUUCACAUAAAUGUAAAAUCCUAUCAUUAUUUCUAUUGAUGUUCUCUAUUUGAAAACUCAGGAAAGUGAUGAUGAUAUGUACAGUACCUCAUAAACUUGUGUCGAAGCACUACACACUACAAGAGCAUUUGGCUUGCAUUUAAAAUUCCAUCAUCAAACCAUGUAAGGCUAUAUAAUACCUCAAAAAGCUCAAAAUGAAACGAGAAGGUUCCUACAAUGAAUGUAUGAGAGUAAUUCUGGUUUAUGUACAAGACAAAAAAAAAGUAAUUUGUUUGGGGUUCUUUGUUUUAGCUGGUGGUGAUGCAGAGCUGAGAAAAAUUUGAAAGGUGCAGACAAACAUCUCGGGGUUGAGGAAGACAGCUGCCCCGAGCUAUUUCAUUCCAUCCUGCUGCUGUUUUAUCAUUAAUGAAACCUAAGGAUUAUGUAUAGCCUAAGUUCCUUUCUACCUCAGUUUGUUAGUUAUCUCUGAAAGACAAAUACAUGAAGACAGCAAAAUGUCAGCACCUAUUCCGCUUGUUUGAUGAGGAAGCCUUUGAGAGAACACCAAACAGUGUUUUGUUGUGUGCAAAAUCUAUUAGCUUUACAUUUUUUAUAACUCCCAAGAGCCCUGUUUCUCACCACAUAAUGCACUUAAAGGGGAAUACCACUGAAUAUCAGGCUUGGGAUAUACUAUGCCUUUGCCUUGGGACAAUUCGGUCAACCCGGUCUCACUCCAAAUUCAGCAAAUACCAGCUUUUUGUCAGUGGCCCUCAGCGUCUGAUACCGAUGGACAGAGGAACUCUUUAGCGGCUGUAUGAGACACAUCAGGUGGUGGCAACUGCCUCAGUAUAAAGAAUGAGAAAGUACACACAAGGCGGGUGAGAGAUGAGGUGGAUGGGUCAAUCACUCGGGACUUUCACCUAGGAGACAGCUGUUCUUGUCCCAUGUGAAACCAAAAGUCAGUAGAGUUAUUUUGAUAACAUCAAAUUGUGCUAGUAUGUGUAGCAUACUAUGCUAGUGAUGCAUGUCACAUGAUGUUACAUUACAUUGGCAACAAACACUUAUUUUAAGCUAAACCUGAUGCUUUUUUUCUAAACCUACCACAUGAUUUUGUUGCCUAACCCAAAAAACGUUUUGUUUACCUAGGUUUUAAGUUUAAUUUUAAAGUUUAAAUUGAGUGUCCAAAACUGAUGCUGGAGGGUAACCUAGAGCAGUGGUUUCCAACUGUCCAACAACAUGAUCCAGAUUUCUCCUUAGUCAUUAGUUCAAGGUCCACACAGUUUGAUACAUUCAGCGUCAUACUUGCAUUUGGCCAUGUCAUCGAGUUAGUUUGCUGUCUCUGUUAAGUAGCUGUCCAUUAUUUAUUAUCUUCAGCAGGAAGUGGCACUUCAAAAUAAAAGCUCUGUGCCGGAAAUUCACUAUACUUCAAAAUAAAGUGUGUUUUUUACCAACUUAACACUUUCACGAGUCACUUGCGCCCCAUUCAGUUCACUUUUGGAUUGUGACCCACCAGUUGAGAACCACUGACCUAGAGCGUCAUAGUUUGACGUGUAGGGCCACUGACAAAACAUUAGUAUUUGACGAGUUGGGAGUAAGAACGUGUUGAUUUGAUCUAUAUUAGCUAACAUUCACCAAUGGAUGUUGUUACCAUUGCUUGUUUGGCCCCUGAAUCUGUGAGGUCAGAUAGAAAAUUUGACAGCAAUGGCAAUGAUGUUUAAUACACAUUCUCUGGCUCAAUACCAACUCCAUUAUUUUAAUAUCAAGUUUACAAAAUAAUCGGUUUGUCCGUCUUAGGCCAUAACUGUUAAUCCAUGAAUUGAGUGGCAUUCCUUUUUAAGAUCAUGACUUGAAGGCUAGUUUCACUCCACAUAAAAACUGUUGUUUUUUUACUGUGUUGUAAUUUUCACAUUUAAACUUGUUGUGUUUACAGUGCUGUUAAUCACUACUUGCUACCAGUACAUUUCCACGCAACGUUUCUUUGGCAAUGAAAGAGCACGACUGACAGCUGAAUUGGCAAGUGAAAAAUGUUAUUGAAUGUAUUACGUCCUCUGAGCAGUAAGGAAAGCAAAGCACUCGCACAUUGGAAAAAUGCCACUGAAGUAGAUAGCACUGUAGGUGUAUAAUACUGCAGAGGCACUAAAGGACCUUGUGUUUGUUUUUCAAAGGAGGUCCCUUCAUGUUCGUUACCUAUUGCACAUUUUUACCUGUUCUUUUUUUUUUCUUUUAGACAGUGUGCAUAUUGAUCACUGCUACCUGGUUUUGUAUAAUUUACUCUUCCAGACCUGUACUGGGAUGUAUACUGUACAGAGCAUCCAGACGAAAGCAGAGAAACUACAUAGCAGCAGAGAAAGCUAGCACGCCUAUGAACAAUAACAUCUUCCUGUAGUUUCACAUGAUCUGUCUUAUAGAUUCAGUCAUAAGAUGGGCCACAGCAUUCUCCCUGAAUGCAAACAAGUUGCAGUAAUUGGUAAAACGUUACACUCAACCCCACACCUGUCUAUUAAUGCAGAUCAUUUGUCAGAUUCAACACAUUCAAUAUAUAAUGUGUUUUCCACCUACAUGAAUGCCCAUUUAUGUUUGUUUGUAAGUAUAGUUUUCUCAAAUUAUAUGGAUGUGGGUCUUCUAGUUUAAACUAGCAUUUCAAUUUUUACACAUGAUGGAUCACCCCAAAGUUACACAGUGUCAUCUUUACACAAAAACUUUAAAGAUGAAUUAAGUAGCUGCAACCUACACAUGUUUUUAUUGAGACUUACUGUACACUGCAUCCAGGAGGUCAACAGACAGAUUUGUUUUGAAAGAAUAGUUUCCAUCCUAAGUUUGAGUCCAUUUGAAAGCUUUACACAUGAAAAUUGUGUAGUGACACAGGAAAUUGAAUUUUUAAAAGCCCCUUAAAUAUUGUGUCAUUCAUUACUGCACUUUGAGGUGUUUAAUGGUUGAAAUCCUCCUUGAAGCCAAAGUAGAAAAGCUUUCUUCUGAGUAUGAUGACUUGAUAAAAGAAGUUGUGAAUUUCAGUGACCUUUACACCACAGCGUGAGCUGCGGAUGUUUGAAAUUGGUGAUUUCAUAGCACUCUUAGUGGGCAUUGUUUAGUUAUUGUAUCACAGUAUGUCAGAUAUUUCCAAGAGGAUGGUGUGCUUUGUAAAACAGUUUUUCCAGUUUCAUCCUGUCUGACUUUAUGAACAGUCAUUUACCUCUGCCUGGAGUACAAAUACAAACGUGGCUAAUUUGUUUAUCUUAAAAAAGGGAAAAUACAGAUAUUAGCAGAACAUGUCACAUAACACACAGUGCUUUGUCAAACUGGAAUUUAAUUGUUUGUCCAUGAUUGCUAAUUUUAAGAAGUGAUUAUACUCAUUGCAGGGUUUUUGACAAGAAGGCGAUAAGAAGCCCUAAGUGCCAUUAACAAGUGCAGAUUUCACGAGUUUAAGAGGGCGACUGUUCACGAACUUACAGAGAGAUGUAUAAGGGGAAAUGUUCCACUCAAAUUAAGCAGUGCUUGUAAUCACUCUGACAACAACGGAUCUUGUCACGCAUUUGCUUCUUUCUUUUUUUUUUGUCUCUCUAUCAUUGCAAUAGAGCACAGUGUAACUCAAGGCACAUGGAUAACAAGUUACAUUUCAAUGUUUUUAAUUUUCAUCAAAAAUAGACCGUAAAAAGCCUUACAGCAAGAUCUGAUAUGAGGAAAACAGUGACAGUUAUUUAGAUAGGGUGUACAUUUCACAUGCUAUAGAUGUUAUCAUUAAAAAUAGUCAUUCGUCAUUGAGGGUGAUGUGAUGAAAGGGCCAGCAGUCGCUACCAACACAUGGGCAGAACCUACAGUAUGAUAAGCACAUCGAGUCUCACAGUGAUGCCAACUCAGCCAUUUGAAUCGCUUUUUUUUUUUUAAUCAAAACCUGUCAGUAUUUCUGUAAUUACAUUUUGUUUGAGAACUGCUUUAAUAUGUUGAUUCCAUCCUUAUGUAGUUUUAUAGUCUGGCAUUCUUUAUAACCAUUUCUACCUCAUUGCUACAUAUUGUACAUGUAGUACUUAUGUCCUGUCAUUUUGAAUGUCAUGCAUUUGUGGAUAAAAAAAAAAAAGUUAAAACAACAACAACAAAAAAAAGAACAAAAAAAAUUUAAGCUUGCCCUUGAAUCUGAGCAGUCUACCUCACAAAGACUGUCUUCACACUGUCGAAUACAAGUCACAGAAAAGAAUAAGGCACCUUGAGGGCAAAGAUGAAGUCAACCUGCUCAUACUGACGUACAGUUUAUUUACAAAACCACCUUUCCAUUGAAUUGCUGCGGGCUGUGUAGGUCAUCUACAAAGUCGCCGAUGCAAAUUCAUUUCCUAAAAAGUAACAAAUUGCUUUAAUCCUUUGUGAAUUGUCGUAGUGCGCAUGUUAAUGUGUAUGUAUGUGCACUUGCGAUUCCACAUGCAAGUAUGAGGGGGUAACAUUAAGAUAUGAAAAAUCUUUUUACUUUUCAUAUUCAUGUACAGAGAAUAAACUUGCACAUAGCUGUACGUAUUGUACAUUUGCUAAUGAUAUACAGCAUACAUACAAAAAAAAUGCACCACAUACAUGUUUAUAUGUGUGUAUGUAUUGCCAUACUUACAGUACAGUCAAUUUAAAUGUAUUUUAAUUUCAAGGUACAUAAAGGUUAUUGAAAUACUGAAUAAAGAUGUUUUCUUUUCUUUUUUUCCUUCCUGAAAACUGGAUGCAUUUUGUACCUUUACUUGAUUAAAUUUGCAAUGGUGUGAUUGAUUUAAGCCUGUGCUAUUUCCGUUUCAAGCUAUUUCUUGUGGAAGACCGUGUUCGAUCCAUGACAACUUAAAUCAUAAUUUCUUUAUUUUCACCGGUGUUCAACGACAGUACAGUCGGAGUAAUUCAGUUUGCAGCAGUUUACAGAGGCUGAUUUUAAGGCUUACUUUUUAUUGCACUCCUCCCACCAAUACACCUCUCAUGAUCCAUAAUAAUUUAUAAAUCCACAUUGGCUGUUUUUUUUUUAUUACUAAGUGAACAGCUAUGCUUAAAAUUCCUCUUUUAUGUCAUCAUUAAGUAGUAGGUGUUAUAUGCGUGGGAAGUUUUUGUGCAAUUAACAUAAAUGAGAAAAGACCCAGCAUAUUGUGUCAGUGUUGGUAAUUCUCUUUUCUUAUCAUGUGAGUACGUCAAUAUCAGCUGUGGGUGCAGUUUUUUUUCAUCAGAGUUACCAUAUAUCAUGAUUCCAAACACGGGGGUUUAAAAACGUGUGAUUUUACAGAAGACGAAAAACAUACAUUUUGUACCUGUAUUAUGUCAUGUAUGCUAAUCAUCUGGGGGAAACAUCCAUAUUUUGCACUGAAAAAUUGUAAAUAAAACAUGUUUUCAUUUCCACAGAGCCUUUUCUAAAUAAAGA